AUGUUACGUUGGCCGUUGUUAUGCAUGUUGCUGUUCCCGUUCGCUAACUGUUCGUAUCUUGUGGACAGUGUAUUUUCGGCUCCAGUCAUGAAAAAAGAUGAAAUAAUUGAUAAGGACAAAUAUGGUUAUUUCUCGAUGAAAAAUUUUGGUGAACAACGACCACUGAAACGAUUACGUCCAUGUUUCUACAGUCCAAUACAAUGUUUGAUGAAAAAACGGACAGUAUUUGUUGAAAAUUUCAUGGAUAAUUAUCAAUGAAAUGUGAGCAUAUUUAUGAAAUGUUAUUCAAUAAAUUUUCCAUUUAUCUAAUAUAUGUGAAAUGUUUUAUCGAAAUCGAAAUUGAAAUCAAAACUUAAUUACCCGAAUGUAUCAAUUUAC